AUGUCUUCUGAACGUUAUAUCUCCUCCCUCUUCUCCCCUAUAAGGCCUGAAUUGGAUCACCUGGACCCAACUAGUGGUUUUGCCGGCUUCACCAGCCGCUAUGCUGAAAGCUUCCACGUCAGCCUCCAUCUCAUGUGUUCACCAAAGGAGCAACCGCGUCAAGGUUCUACUCUCGUCUACCCCUGGGAGACACUGCCUGCGGAGUCGGACCGUUCUCCCAAACUCUGUUUUAGCAGUGACGCCGAGCUGCAGAGCUGUGUCGGUGCCGCCAAACUUGGUGCGUUUCCAACCCCUAUCCAUUUGUACCUUUCCCCUCGCUAUUUGCAGUGGGAAGUCUACUCGGUUGGCCUUGUCUAUAUGUCCCCCACACCCGCGAGAUCUAGAUACCGGAACUGCCGUUGA